AUGCACCCGCUGGUGGAGGCGCUCGUGGGGGAGCGGCAGCACUGGGCGCCGGCGCUGCGGCACGCGGCGGCAUGGGCGGGGGCGCUCGCGCUCGCCGUGUCCGUCGCGUCGUUCGCGCCGGAGGCGGCCUUCGUGUGGGCGCUCGCGGGAGGCGGCGGCGGCAGGGCGGCGUGCGCGGCCGGGGCGGUGCGCGUGCCGCUCGACGGCGGAGGGGACCACGUCUGCGUGCCGGCGCGGAUGGCCGGGCGCUCCGGUAUCGACCUGCUCGUGCCGCCGGCGUUCGCGGGGCUCGCUGUCGGCGCGUCCGCCUGCUUCGUCAGGGCGCUCGCCAUCGGCCGCCGCCACGACGAGUACUAG